CUUGACUUGAGUUUACUCUGACGGGACUGGAUUGGAUUGGACUGGACAUGAACCCUUUUUAAAAUCCCUUAGUCUCUCUUUCUCUCUUUCUUACACCCUCUCUCCAUCUGGAUCAAAACGACGAGGCUUCCCGGCUUAUAUCUUCUUCAAUAUUCUUCUUUCAUCUUUAUACAAUCUACGGAUUUUCCAAUCUCAGACCUACAAUAAAUCCCUUUUAUUUCUUGCAGAGAUACAACAGCUACAUCAACCAUUACCACUGUCAUCAAGUUGACAUUUCCUUGAACUUCUUAUUAACCCCUUCCCGAUAGAAAGAGAUGUCUUCAUCCAUCUCGCCUUCUACUCCAUCCUCCUCAUACCCACCUCUCCCACCAAGCCGGAUAACACGGAACUACUCCGAAGACGAGGAGAACAACAUCACCGAGACAUCAUCUCCAACAGACGACGACAAUGACCACGACCAAGACCAAGACAAGAAUGACAUCCGAUUCUCCACGGCCACGAGCAGUUCUUCCUGUCCUCCUCCUUCUCCUUCCCCUGCGUACGAACAACCCAUGACCUUUUCCACCGUGAUCGACAAGGACCACGACACCAUCAACCGCCUCGCGGGACGCUUGAGAAGAUCCGGAACCGCUUCUCCCGAACGAGCACGACUGUUGCGAGAAGUCACUUGGCGACUCGUCCGUCACGACGUCUCCGAGGACCUCGUCAUGAGGCCCGCGUUCGUGGCCCAGUUGGGUCAACAAGGUCAAGAAAUGGCCGAGCACGACCGGCAGGACCACGACCGUGCCAAAAAUGAGCUGCUUGCUCUGUUCGAGGUUGGACCCGACCGCCCCGAUUUCGUCUCUGUUCUGGAUCGCUUGUUUGCCGAACUGCUCGAGCACAUGCGAGUCGAGAGCGGCGAACAGAUCCCGGCCUUGGAACGAAUGCUCGACCCUCUCGAGAGUCAGAGGUUGGGGAAAGAGUACAUCCGGACCCAAAUCUUGACGCCGGACUUGGAAUUGACGAUGGACGACAACGACAGAGGUCUCAAAGUCAAAGUUUGGAAGGACGUCGAGGACUACGCGAGGACGGAUUUAUCGACGUUUAAGAAGAUUUAUGCCAGAGUAUGUCAACAACAAAAUAAGACACGACGGGCGGGUCAUGAAAAGGGAAAAUUAUAAGUUUAAUGGUUGGCAUGUCAUUACCAAGGCUUAGAGCCCACAUGUCGAUAAUGGCAAGCCUCGUCCUCGUCACUGCUUUAUUACUACCAAUCAGGAAUCAAUUGGUUGCUUUUCGAACUGUCUUCGUUCAACACCUUCCUCGCCGCCUCUCUCCCACAGACCGGCAACCUCUCGACUUCCUGUUCCCUCCCCUUUUCGGCCGUCUUGAACGUGUCGGGGAUGAGCUUCGGAUCGAUCAGGCCCACCUGCACCAACACCGAGGCCUGGUCCCAGUGGACGUGUUCGUGGACCAACUUGCCGCCCCUCAUGCACACCACGCUCACCAGCACGACCUCUACCUUUUUCUCCGUGGGCGGGACGCCGGGCAAUAUCCACGGUAUCUCGGUCGUGUGCGUGAACCUGACAAACAUCUCGUCCACGACCCGGUCGACUCCCACGGUCCGACUGAGCAACCUCAUCGACAGGUCGGACGGGUUGUUGUCCAUGAAGAAUUCUUCGUAGAAGCGGUGGAGUUCUUCGUGCCCGACCCCUCCCGUCAUGGUGGGGACGUGGUUCACGUGCGGCCGCUGGGGUUGAGCCACCAUGGUGGCCACGGUCUUAUCCGUGUCCCGGUCCGCGAACUCGAGCCGCGUGUGG